GGUUAUCUAAACGACCCUGAGGCCACUGAAAGGACGAUAGACAAUGAUGGAUGGUUGCACACCGGCGAUAUUGGAUACAUCGACGAAGAUGAUGAGCUCUUUAUCGUUGAUCGAUUGAAAGAAUUGAUUAAAAACAAGGGUUUUCAGGUAGCCCCUGCCGAGCUUGAAGCAAUGUUGGUUGCUCAUCCCGACAUCUCUGACUGUGCUGUAGUGCCCAUGAAAGAUGAAGCUGCCGGAGAGGUUCCUAUUGCUUUUGUGGUGCGAGCAAAUGAUUCCAAGAUCACCGAGGAUGAAAUCAAACAAUAUAUCUCAAAACAGGUGGUCUUUUACAAGAGAAUUAGUCGGGUGUUCUUCACGGAAGCGAUUCCCAAGGCUCCAUCCGGAAAAAUCUUGAGAAAAGACCUAAGAGCAAGGCUUGCAACUGGUGAUCUUCCUCAUUAAAUUCCAACAUGACAUGCAUAAAACAGCAGUAGUCUGAAGACCAGAGGCAGUAUGGUCUUGCUGUGUUUUCCUUUCCUUAUCGGCCCUCCAAAAGGAACAGGAGAAUAUAUAGACUGGAUUAUUUCAAUGAUCAAUUUGUUCUUAAUACUUUGAUGCAAGUUGAAUAGAAGAAUGAGCUUUGUAUUAAUUAA